AUGGACAACUUGAGGGACCUCAUCGCCAACGCCAAGUUUCUUGGGAGAAAACAUGUCAACCUACGGAUGAGGGUGGCCUAGGUAUUAGGCGCCCUCAAGAUGUACUCAACAUGCUUCAAAAGAAACUCAUUUCGAGGAUUAAGACCACACCAUUGGUGCUAGGCUCUUUUGUGUCAGCCAAAUAUGGCGAGUGGGCUCGACAGCCAGCCGACAUCAAAGGAGUUAAACGAUGGGCAGACUGGUAGAGACAUUGGUUGGAGAUGGUGCCCUUCAUUCGUUGGCGAGUGGGGUGAGGCGCGAUCAGUGCUUGGUACGACACUUGGCUAGAGGAUACACCAUUGGCCAGUUUUGCCACUUUCACAUCCUCUUGGCCUCGCUUGACGAUAGCCCAACUUCUCCAAGGAGACACUCAUCUACUUAUUGAGAGGCAUGGACUACCAUUGGACUUGUUGCCAGCCAUCACCAUGACUAAGACGAGUCCUACUAAGGACCAACCCAUCUGGACACUUACCAUAGAUGGCAAUUUCUCUUGUAGCUCCUCUUGGGAGCACUUUAGAAACCACUCCCCAAAGACAUUUUGGGAAAAUCUCAUAUGGCAUCCGGCCAUCACACCUCGUGUUUCGUUCUUCCUGUGGAAGUUCAUGCAUCAAGGACUACCCACCAAUGAUCGAGUGAUUGUCACCGAUCAGGAGGUGGAAAGGAGAUGUCAUUGUUGCUCCAUCGCAACGGACAAAAGUAUGGAACAUCUAUUCUUCCAUAGUAAUAUCGAUGUCGAGUGUUGGCGUCAACUUCUAGAGAAUUGGCUUCCAACGCUCUCAUACAAACCUACAAGACCACCACUAGAGGUCUUUAGGAGAGUCAUUGACUCACCGACGAGUGUCAAGGUUAGUCCCUUCAUCCGUAUCUCCAUAGCAUAUAUGUUAUGGGAAAUAUGGAAGGGACGUACCUCAUCUCGAUUUGCAGGCCAAGUGAUGCGUGCCACAGAGAUUAUGAGGCAUGUAGCACAAUGGCUUCGGAGUACUCAUUCCUUAGUGCCAAACAAAACGAAACGCUCGCAUUCUAUUUGUGAGGCCUUUGGGCUUUGAGGACUCCAUAUCAUAUCUACACAGACCCGGACUAUUAUCCGAUCUAUUAGAUGGACACCACCGAGUGCUAGACGGUGGAAACUCAACGUCAAUGGAGCAUCUCAAGGCAACCCAGGACCAUCUGAAGGAGGUAUCCUACGCGAUAGUACAGGAUGCAUUCUCUUUGCCUUUUCAAACUUUUAUAAUAUACGGACUAACACUGUGGCAAAGGCUAUGGUAAUACGAGAUGAUUUGCUUCUUUGUGAGGAGCAAAAUAUUACUAAUAUUGUCCUAGAAUCUGACUCCAAAGUGUUAGUGGACAUGUUACGUGCAGACUCUUGUCCUCAUUGGAGGCUCAAGAAUAUCUGGACAGACAUCAUGCGAUGUCGAGGGCGCAUCACAACCAUUACGCAUCAGUUCCGAGAAGGGAAUCAGACGGCCAACGCCCUUGCUACGCAUGGAGUCAAAUCGCAUCGAAGGACAGUCUUCUCUUCUUGGCAAGACAUGUCCCUCGAAGCCCGAGGUGCUCAUAGACUUGAGUGACUCGGCAUACCCUCUUUACGCAUACACCGCACUCCACUACCAGCCCCUCCACGGUAGUGACAUAUUGCUUGAAGGAGACCAAGGGCGGCUACCAUUGGCCACUGAAGACCACAACAGAGAUACAAGUACAUGUUUCCUUUGUUUCUAAUUUCAGGUCUAUCAUACGCCACAACCACGACAUCAUCAUGGCACUCGUCACAUAUCACCGAUGUGGAACGCACCUUGGCUAUUAACACAAGACAGACAACAACGCACAUCGCAAUCCACCCGGGUACACCACUUCCAAUCAUUACUCUCCUCAUAAUCACCUCACAUCUACUAUCUAUCACCACCCUCAAGUAGUGAGGACACAUAGAACUAUCAGCACAUGCUGGCAUCUGCCAACUUUUGAACUAUAGGUCUAUAGCACAUCAGACCUGCCAAACUAGUUGUGAAUCGCCAACCUAGCACCUCUCUCAAGAUCUCAUUAGUACCAUCAGCCAGCUUGAACCCAUGAGAAGGUAAGGAUCUAUAUCCAUAGGAUUGACCCUCUCUCCUCUCUCUCUCUCUCUCAAUUCUCUAUUUCUUUCUCCCUCUCUUUCUCUCUCUUCAAAAAAAAAAAAGAGGCAGCCUACUUCUUUUCCCAGAAUCACUAGUCCAUCAUAAACAAUUAGUGGAGGGUGAGGGAAAAGGCCCUCACAAAUAAAAAAAUAAAACAUAAAAAAAAGGGGGCAACCUACUUCCCUUCCCAUAAUCACUAGCCUAAUACUCCAAAGGGAAUUACCCUUGUACACCAAAUCAUGGGCAUUAGUGGAGGGUGAAAGAAGAGGCCCUCAAAAAAAAAAAAAAAAAAAAGAGAGGAAAAGAAGAGAGAGAGAAUAAGAGAAAAGAAAAGAGUUACAAAAAGAGCUCAAGUCAUUCCUCGUGGGGUGAAAGGUCCCCUACCUACUUAAAGGAAGUACGGCAACUGAUGGUACUAGCAAGAUCUUGACUAGAGGGAUUAAGCGUGUGCAACACUAGAAAGGUGAUAAGUCUUCAUUAUCAUGAGUUAAUAAUUAGUAAAUAAUAUAGUUUUAGCCUUAACUCAUAAUAAAUAGACUUAUAUUUAUGUUAAACUGUGAAAAGUGGUUUUCAGUUGAUUAAUGUGAAUUUUCGGGUAAUUAUGUGAUUUUAAAUGAUUUUAUAUGAUUUUUAUAGUCUUACUUUUGAGAUAAAUGAAGAAAAAUAAAUUAAAAUAAAAAUAUAGCAAAAUGAGGGACCCACCGGCCAACCGGGCCCGCAAGCGGGUCAGAAGUGCAGUUAGGGGGUAGCCGCGAGCAGGGGCUCGAGCGGCUUGGACCGAUAGGGGCACGUGUGCGCCACUCCUCUUCCAUGUCAUUGGUGGCCAGCCGGCUGUAAGGCAAAGAGUGGUCGUACACGCGCGAGAAAGGGACUUGCCUUCAAAUGUAACAUUACUAUAUAUUCACUUGAACAUUCGGUGCACAAGCGAUGUAAGACUAAACCCGCGUCACCUUCCCAGAAAGGGCGGGCAACUAGCACGGGUUCGAAGCCUCCUAAAGCCAAAACUCUUUUUUUUUUAUCUGACUAUCACGACUUUCCUGCAGAUCGUCGGUGAAAGAUUAAGCAACCAGAAUCGCUAAAUCAUCGACGAAAAUCUCGUCAACGCGAUUCGCGGAGCAUUACUACUAAAAUUGUUGAACAAUUCGCAAUAAAAGAAUCGCGAAUCCAUCAAGUAAAUCAUCUCCGAUUGAUCAAGGAACAAGCCGUCGUCAGCAAGAGAACGAUCCGCUGGGAAACGAGCCGCCACCUCUUGAGAGUGUACCAGAUGCGAUGAAGAGUCUCCUCUUGCUGCACGGACCUAAAGAUGAAGCUCCCUGACACACGCCCCACCUCCAUCCAACUUGUCUCCGUCGAGUGACAGUUGUCGAAGAGCCGCAAAAUCGUCAUUUUUCUGCUUCGCCAGAUGAUAGCCGCCGGAGAUGAUUUGACAACUAAUUUCAUUAAUCUGACUUCGCAAGGAAAUCUAGAGAUUGCCCACGUCAUCUUUGUCCAAGGAAAGCCUUCGAGGCUAUGGACACUACACAAUGAUCUUCCCGAACACUCAAAAUUCCGGUGCAUUGACGACGCAUCGCCGUCGUGACGUCAAAAGUCUAUUUUCCUACAUUCAACUUACUAUACGUUUCAUUUAGUGAUAAUUUGUGUGAUUUUAAUUUACCAAAAUAUACUUCGUUCAAUUACGAUUCUUCCAGCUUUUAUAAAUCUUAAUUUGAUUAAUUAAAUCGGUUGUAAUCACUUACGUAAGAAUCACCGAGCGGAACUCUAUUUUUGCCCGAUUUGCGUUCACUGGGUGCUGACGUCAUCCUAAUGUCCGCACCCUUAUUUUCCUUUUUCAUAAAUUUUAAAUAUAUUUCCUUUUCAUUUACUAGUAUAAAAUUCAUAGAAAAUAAUAUUCUUUGAGGAAAAUUCUGAAUAAUUACCAGAUAUUAUAUUACAUCCUUAUGAUCGACUUGAAAAUUUAUCAUUAUUUUUAGAAGUUUUAUUAAAUUAUAAUUAAUAUAUUUAUUCAGAAAUACUUUUAAAUAUCAUAAAAUUCGUAUUUUCUAGUUUUAUAAAUUUUAUAUUUACGUGAUUUAAUAUAUAACGACUGAGUCACGUCAAAUUUUGGUGCUGUUGUUGAGGAGGCCUGAUGAGGGCCGCACAAAAAAUAUAUCAAUUAUAAUUUCCUAAACCUUAAACCUUAACCCCCCUAAGUGAGAGAGUUGCCACCAAAUCUCAUAAGAACUCCGGAGUUAAGCAUGCUCAGGUGGGAGCCAUCGUGCUGAGAGGUGCUUGCUCUGCAUGUACUGAAAGGCACCACUACAUUAUCGUGCUGAGAGGCACCAUGUCGAGAGUCACUAGUGAUAUUUAUCUCUAAAGAAUGUGUUGAGAGGCACCAAAGUGAUUGAGUGUGUGAAGUACCAGGAUGGGUGACCUCCUAAGAAGUUCGGCCCAAGACAAUUAUCCCAAAAAAAAAAAAAAAAACCCUAAACCCUAAGGGUGCGAUAAAUACUUAUUUAAACCCUAAACCCUAAGGGUGCGACAAUUAUCUCACUUACUCAACUUUUUUCUCUCUCCUCACGAGAGCUUUUCUCUCAUCAACAUCACAUUCAAAUGGCGAGAUCUCUCCCAUCUGACCUCAGAUCAUGCUGAAACUUGGUUCAUUCGAUUUGUAAGUCGGAAACCAUCAUCAUCGAGUCAUCAAAUGUGGAAAAUGGUUGAUUGAUGCUCUCGGUCUCGCGAUUUCUCUCUCGAGAGGUCAUUUUCAUAACGUUAUAUUCUCGAGGUAAUAUCUACUGAUUUACUUGGCUGAAAUAUUAUAUCCUUAUAUCAGUAGAAUCGUAUUUUCCUGAUUUACAACUUUCCCUUCUUGAUCAUUUUAUUUUGAUGCGUCGUUGAUGAGUAAAUCAUCAUUUUCAUCGGCAGACCCGUGUCCGGCUGAUGAAAAAUCGAGGGAAGAAGCACGCUUUGGGCUUGGCAACGGUCCAAAAAUCGGAACCAUCGAUCGCCUGAACAGUCGAUUGACGGACGAUCAGGAUUUUUCGUCCCAGAGAUCGCGGCGAUGCCAGCCGGCGCUGCUAUUUCAACCGUUGAUCUACAGAUCAACAAACUAGAUUUACUAGAGGAAAAGGCGCCGCAAGCCGCUGAUGCCGUUUCCUCGAUUACGGUGUCUGUGCUUGCGUUAGCGAGAACUGACAGCCAGGGCACCAACGGGAGCUUAAAUCCGUCCGUUGAAAUUGAAAUCAACGGAACGGAUUCGGUGCCCCAACUUUUUGUGGGCGCCGUUCUCUCGUGUGCGACGCCCAUGAUGUCAUCUGCGUCAGAAAGGGCAUUAGCAGCCCAAACAACCGGAGGCCAGACCGCGCCGGCUCACAGCGUACUGGCCCAGACCAAGGCUGAGCCGGAGCAGGCCACAAUAGCCGAAGCCACACUGGCCGUGGCGGCUCCGUCUCAGGCCCAACCGGCCGAGGUUGCGCGGAGCACGAUCGUGCCGACCAAGACCGCGCAGCCCAAGGGUCCAAAGGCCAAGGCUCCUAGGACCCAGGCACCGACCCAAACUAAACCGGCCCAGACCACGCCGGCCUAG